AUGCCAAUCUUUUCAGUGGGCGCUCCAGCUCUAUGGGCAGCUUCUGCGGCUGGGAAGUUCGAGGUAGUCAGGAGUCAUGUCUUUAUAUCUAAAAAUUUAGUGCAUCGAUUUAUACCUCUAUAUUCUUUUACCUACUUGCAAAUGCAAUUUAAGGUUGUGCGCAUUCUUGUUGAAGAAGCUGGGGCGAAUAUCAAUCAGACUACCAACACUAGCAGUACACCUCUUCGUGGCGCUUGCUAUGAUGGCCAUCUAGAAAUUGUAAAGUAUCUGGUGGAACAUGGCGCGGAUAUCGAGAUAGCGAAUCAGCAUGGUCAUACUUCGUUGAUGAUUGCUGCUUAUCGACAAAAAGUAGAUGUAGUCAAAUAUCUCAUCAGUUGUGGAGCUGACGUUAACAGAAGUAGUAAGAAAGGUGUGUUACUAGGUUCUACAUCCGCCAUUACUUCUAUUCUUGAAGGUAACACGGCGAUGCAUGACGCUGUUGAAGGAGAAAAUCUAGAAGUUUGCGCCCUUUUACUGAAUGCUGGCGCUCGCCUUGUUCCGGAUGAGUUUGGUGUGUGCCCACUUAUGUGCGCGAUUUUGCCCAUGCUGCUAGAAUAUUGUGAUUCGGGCGAGAAACGACGUGAUGCACUGAAAUUGCUAGGAUGCACAAGAGUGGAUAAGAAGAUGGAUAUGGUUGGAGCAAUUGAGGCUUGGAAUGAUGCAUUGCAAGUACCACUCACGGAAGAAGAACAAAAACAUGUGCGAUAUCUUAUUGCGUCUCAUCUCUCGCAUGUGGAAGAAGAAGUUGAACGGUUCGAGGUAGCACAAGUUUAUGAGGGACACAAGGAGAUACAAACAUUAGAGGAUAUUGCAGCAAUCGAAGACAGUCCGGAUGCUAUACGCUUGCAGUCUUUACUCAUUCGGGAGCGCAUUCUUGGAGGUGCUCACGCUGAUGUCCAUUACUACCUCCGUUUCCGAGGAGCUAUCUACAGCGACUUAGGUCAUGUUGAUAAGUGUUACGAAUUGUGGAGUCAUGCGCUGAUCUUGCAGCAAACACAUCUAACACCGCUCCACAUGUCAACGCAGACAAUGUUCCAAGCGUUUCUGGAAACCUUUUUACAUACCCUUAACGAUCGCGCUAUCCAUAUGGAACUGGCUGGGCGACGAAAUGCACCGCCAAAGCAAGACAUUGUCAAGUUUGUGUUCGAGAGGGUCUGCUUUGAAUUGGAGAGACUGGCUGAUUGGGGUGAGCGGCCUUUGUCAGAUUUAUGUAACUGUGGUGAAGAUCAUCUUCACAGCUGUGAUGAUGAGAAGAAACGUGUUGUGCUGCUUGGAUUACAGUUAUUAGCACUGGUGAAUCGCCUUUCACUGCCAAUGCAUGAUGAGGACGAAGAAGAUGACGUUGUAUACAUCUGUCGAGCAUCUGAAACAGUUGAGGUUGGUCAUGUUUUUCAUUAGAG